AUGGGAGCGGCCUUGACCUGUGUGACAUCGUACAUCAGACCAGAAUCUGUGAAUAGCUUGAUCCGAGAAAGGGGAUAUUAUUUUGGGAGAUUUAAAAAGAGACAGCAGGUGGCAGUGUUCCGUGGACAGGAUGGCAAGGCCUAUGUGGUGGAUACUUACUGCCCCCACUUAGGCACCAACCUGGCUGUGGGUGGGCGAGUUGCAGGGGGAUGCAUUGAAUGCCCCUUGCAUGGGCAGCAGUUACGUGGGGCUGAUGGAAAAUGUGUCAAGAUUCAAUAUGCAGAUAAAGUGCCUGGGUUUGCGAAGGUGCGGUGUUGGCGCUGUGAGAUCAACGGGCAGGUUCUGGUGUGGUUUCACUGUGAUGGGCUGGAGCCCAGCUGGAGAGUUCCAGAACAGAGCGAGAUUACCCUCAGGGAAUGGGUGUACCACGGCCAUACCGAACAUUUCAUUAAUGCACACAUGGAGGGGAUUCCAGAGAACGCAGCAGACAUCGCACACUUGGCUCAUUUGCACACUCCAGGUAUCGUCAGUGGAGUUGUUCUGCGCUAUACUAACAGCAAGACCUUGGAGUUUAUACGACAUGACUGGAAGGUGGAGUGGAAACCUGUGCACUGUUCACAGAUGUUUGUGGAACACGCUCUCACUGUGUUCGGACGUCACUGGCCUCUUCUUGAUUAGGACGUCCUGGCCAGACCGGUAAUGACUGGAUCAAUCUGUUUUAUGAUUUUAUGACUUUUUGAACACAGUUUUCUAGGUCGGGGCGUGAUCAUGCACUGCUUUACCCCGGUCGAGCCAUUACUGCAGUGUGUAUCACACACCAUCUUCUACCAGAGCAACAUCCCUCCCCUGGUACCAAAAUUCAUACUUCGAGCAGAAUGCAUUCAGUUCGAACAAGAUGUGAUGAUCUGGAACAACAAGACAUACAUCUCCAAACCUAUGCUUGUGAAGGAAGACACAGCCAUUCAGAAACACCGACGCUGGUUCAGUCAGUUCUACAGUAAGAACAGUCCGCGACUGCGCUACCAGCACGACACUCUGGACUUCUGAACAUCAGCUAUGCCUCAGCCCAUAUGGGUUGC